AUGGCGCAUCAUCGAAAGGGCUCAAGUGCAUCUGAUCGCAAAGAUGACAGCACACACCUCGUCGUAGAAAUGCAAGCCCAGCCAAACAAUGGUCACGAGGGCCGUCAUUUCCAUGGCACAGCUACCGGCGCCGGCAGCGUCGUGAGCCGUUCUCACCCCGCUGGCUCACAGUCCCUCCAGCCAAUCAAUCUGACUCUGAACAUGGUAUCCCCUCCCCCUGCCACCAACACUGAGAAUCCGAAUCAGGACAAGAAGAUGAGUCUUCCAGAGGGACAUCGAAGUCACGCACGCGCCGAAUUAGACGUCAUCGCAGACGAGGGUAAGAAGGUAGAACCGUCUAAUAAGCCUAUUAAGGACCGCCUAUUCCAGCUUACCAGUGACGAACUCUGUGAGAUAGUUCUAUCCCUGUGCAUGGAGUCUGAUGACGUGAAUCGUCGGGUCAUCGGAGCGGUCGAUAGCUACGAAACCAAGGAGACUAGCACCGCGGACGAGUUCUUAGUUAUCCGCUUGCUGAUGCUCGAUCAAGUGAGCUUGGUGGCCAUAAUCCUCGGUAUUUGUAUGGCGGAUCCGACGGGUUCGGUAGAGAAGUUCAUCCGACGGCUUCUCGACGGCUUCGAGGCCCACAAGAAGCUUACUAGUCACCCGUCUUAA